GUACCUGUCAUUUCCGGAGAUGAAAGAACACUGCACGUCCAAUGGAUUAAUAAAUGACAGUAGCUGCUAAUCAUUUCAACCACUAAAAACCGAUUUGAUUAUCAAAACGGAUAUUCGUGACGCUUGUUUUUUUUGUUUGUUCCCAGGCUAUAUAUUUGCGUCGGUGUCCACAAAUGACUGUCCUCCUAAAAUGUGUGUUUUCAGGUCUGAAUAACUUAACUAGCUAGCUAGUUUGCUAGCUACCCAAUGCUAGCUGCUUAGCUAAUAUAUUUCUGUGACCUAAUUUAGCUAACGUUAGCUGGCUACUUAGCCAUACAAAAGGUGUUGAAAAUUAAGCUUUGAUUUGGUUUCUGUGGUUAAAAAUCAUAUUGUUUUUGUGUGUCGUCAUUAGCAUUGCCGGGAUGUGUUUACUUAUUCCUUUGCAGGCACGACUUUACGCUUUGAAUCAUUUGGCUGUACUAACGUUAGCAGUAGAAGGUCAAUAUUGUUGAUGCCAGCUCCAGCUAGCUAUAGUGGAAUACUUCUCAACAAACCGUUAGGCCUAUGCGCAAUGAGAUGUAAAGCUACUGUUAGGCUAUUCGAUAUGAGAUGUAAACAGAGUGGGGGCUUCAGCUAUCCAGAUUCACAGUUGCUCAUUAGUUAGCUAGCUAGUCAUUAGCUAACAGGGAAAGUAGCCAUACCCAGUGUUGGCUGAAGUUAACCUUACUCGAACACUUGAAAACACCUCAAUAAUAACAGCCAAUACUUGGAAUAUGGAUUUCAUGUGGACUUCAGCCAUACUACAAAAUCACCUGAUUCUACUUUCAAAAUAACAUUUUCAGACGACCGUCUUAAUUUCAGAUUUUUGCUGACAGGAAAACUUUCAUGUAGGGGUUGGCUUUGGAUCAAUUGUUGAUUUUUGCAUGUGUUAUAGCUUAAUAUUUUUGCAAAUAGUAUCCUCUCACAGUAGAAAAUGAAUGGCCUAUCAGUCAGUGAGCUAUGCUGCCUGUUCUGCUGCCCUCCCUGUCCGAGCCGUAUUGCCGCCAAGCUUGCCUUCCUGCCUCCUGAGCCUACAUAUUCCCUCUUGCCGGACCUCGAUGGGUCUGCGGCCCCAGGGACAGCAGGGUCAGCGGGGUUGAGAUCCAGGGGAGGGGUACCUGGAACAGCUGUAGGGGGUUCAGGCAGCACUGGUCCUGCAGAGGGAAAAUGGAAGCUCCACCUGACAGAGCGAGCUGAGUUUCAGUACUCCCAGAGAGAGCUGGAUGCUACAGAGGUGUUCUUCACCCGCUCCAGCCGUGGCAAUCGAGUGGGCUGCAUGUACAUCCGCUGUGCGCCCACCGCCAGGUUUACAGUGCUGUUCUCCCAUGGUAACGCGGUGGACUUGGGCCAGAUGAGCAGCUUCUAUAUCGGCCUGGGCACACGCAUCAACUGCAACAUCUUCUCCUACGACUACUCCGGCUACGGUGUCAGCACGGGCAAGCCUUCCGAGAAGAACCUCUACGCUGACAUUGAAGCCGCCUGGCAGGCCCUGCGCACACGAUAUGGCAUCAGCCCAGAGAACAUAAUCCUGUAUGGGCAAAGCAUUGGCACCGUUCCCACUGUUGACCUGGCAUCACGGUAUGAGUGUGCUGCUGUGGUGCUCCACUCCCCCCUCACCUCUGGCAUGCGGGUGGCCUUCCCAGACACCAAAAAGACAUACUGCUUUGAUGCUUUUCCCAACAUUGAGAAGGUGUCUAAGAUCACGUCACCGGUGCUGAUCAUCCACGGGACUGAGGACGAGGUGAUCGACUUCUCCCACGGUAUGGCUCUGUUCGAGCGCUGUCCCAAGGCCGUGGAGCCACUUUGGGUGGAGGGGGCGGGACACAACGACAUCGAACUGUACAGCCAGUAUCUGGAGCGCCUGCGCCGCUUCAUUGGCCAGGAGCUGGCCGCACAGCACGCCUGAACACCCCCACACCGCCUCCAGGCUCCAACCCUCCUCUGGCUCUCCUCUGUUCCUCUGGGUCUCCUCUGUUCCCCUGGGUCUAAGUGGGUCAGGAGGAGUGGAUGGCUGGGCUCUCAGAAUGAAUGAUCCUUCACCUUUUGGGGCGACUUUGUCUGGAUGUUCGGCAGCCCUGUCUUUUAGUUGUUUUCCUAUUUUUCUGUCUCUGUCACCUGUCAUUAAUCCUGGUCAGAGAAUCUAUUCCACCUCCCGCCCCUUGGACAGUGCAAGAAUGCACCCAGGCAUGGAGGACUCUACCUUCUGCCUGUUUUAUUUCUAUCUGUCUAAAGCCCCUCUCUAUUACCCCAGGCAUGGAGGGCUCUCUACCUUCUACCUGUUUUAUUUCUGCCUGUCUAAAGCCCCUCUCUAUUACCCCAGGCAUGGAGGGCGCUCUACCUUCUGCCUGUUUUAUUUCUGCCUGUCUAAAGCCCCUCUCUAUUACCCCAGGCAAAAACAACCUCAAACAGGUUAGGUGUUCUAAACACAUGUACUGUAUAUCAUCUUCUGAGACGUUUACACAUGAUUCAAUUUUAACUAACAACCCUAACAUGGGCAAAUCCUUGAGUAAUGAAAGUCUGUUUUGAGCACUGACAUUUUGGUAUUUAAUUUGAAUGGGGAAUGUGUGUAUUUCUCUUUUCUAACACAACGAUGACACUGAGCCACUACUUUACAAAUCCUGUGGUGUUGACGUAUGAGUAUAACUGUCCUAUUUGAAAGCAGGUUUGUUGCUAAUGUUUCUUGUGGAAUCUUUUUUCUUUGCUCUCCUCUUGUCUCAUCCUCUCCUCCUCUGUCUCAUUUACAAUUAAGCUGUCAGAUUAAUAGUCCGUGUCUAUGAAUAAUUUCUUUCAUAGACAAAUCUUAAGUUUUUAUAAUUAUUAAGCAUGGUUUAAUUCUAAUCUAAAAAGUGAUUAGAGCAUAAGUCAUUUUUAAAAAGUUGCUGAAUAUUGCUUUGGCUAAAGUCCAAAAUCUCUCUGCCAAAUGAAUUGUUUCAAAAGCAUCAUUAAGUCGCUAACAUCCCUCUAAGACGUGAUUGAUUUCUAACUCGGCAACCACUCUCAUGUUUCACUCCCUGAUUCAUAUUCUACAGUAGUUGUACUACAAUUGAUGUUAUGGACAUGUGAGUUUACCUUUAGAACACAAACUAAGUCCUGCCAUGUUCUCUGAGUUAAGGAGGCAUUAGUUGGCCUUUACUCACACAGAACUCAAUUCACAUCUUACUGGGUUUCUAUAUGGGAUGUUUUCCAAUGGAUUUUUAAAAUCUUUGUAAGUGAUUUAAAGUUGUACAUAUUCAAUUUCACUUGAGUUAUUUCAUCCCUCUAAAAACACAAAAUCAUUGUAAAUUACUAGGCUUAUGCUGGCAAUGGCCAUUCGCAUAGUAAAUUGGGUCAGGUCAGUUGAGAUUAAGCUGGUUGGGUGGAUGGAGUAUUAACUGAACUUGCUGCUAAAGAUGAGGAUAAAUGGAUUGAAAAGGGUCAAACCCUCCACAUCCAUUGUAUACAUUAAUGCUGCUUAGUUUGAGGGGAAAUGUAACAGUCAUACAUGUUAUUUUACACUGUACAGUGGAAUGGAUCCAGUGAUGUACAGUAAGUAUUCUUUGCUGGUGUCAUGUUGCAUGUUUGAUUGGUUGCUCUUUUGCUUCAUGUUAGGGGUAAUAACACUUCAUUAUAACACUAGUAGAGCUAUGGAAUAAGAUGUGCUCUAAUUUAUUAUUCACUAGGUUUAUUUCCAGCAGGCUCCCUUUUCAGCUCCAACUAGCCCUUUUCACUGACUUCCUACUGUUGCCACUCUAUUUCAGACAGACUUAAGAUUCCACAAUUUCUGACUGACUGUGUGAAAGUCGACCAAAUGCCCAACUUCCCUGGCAUACAGGGUCCACCACAAGAUAGUGGAGGUCCUUUUGUUUGGGUUGAGUUUUGGGGGAGUCAGGAUUACUUGUACACAGCAAUCAAAUUUUAACAGUAAAUGUUCUGUCUUGAACAAAGCAUACCUCUUAUAUAGUUAUGUUCAUCAGAACCAAAGAAAGUCCUUCAUCACCCAUAGUACUUGGGUUUAUUGUCCAUCACCACAUAAACAUUUAGGGAACAAAAGUUGUGCGCCCUGAAUCAGCCAGGAUAUGCUCUUGUUCAAGCUGCUAAUAGUUUGGUUUGGGACAGCUUAAGCGUGUUUACUCUGGACAAUUGUAUGGAGAAUACAAGCAAUACAGCAGAUUUGUGUGUGUCUGGGUGGCCUGAGAGAGGAGUGUGUGUAGCAGAUGAUGGACUGUACUUUGAGUGUGAGGAGUUCCAGACACACAUUCAGAGCUUUUGUUUAAAGAAACUAAGUUAUAGAAAUGUAUUUUUUAUUCAAAUGUGUUUACUAUAUUACAUUGUUUGCAGAUUGUUUAUUUUUUUGCUGAGGGUUAGGAUCCAAGUGGAUGAUGGAGUUUGGUAUGUUAUUGUAUCCAGUUAUGCAUUGUUUAUUAUUUACAACUUUGUUAUAUUUAGUUUAAAAUGUCCCCCCCCCCCCCCCCCC